AACAGGGCUUGAAAUAACAUAAAACUAUUUUUUAGUUCAGUUGAAGUAGGCGGUUCAUUUUGCUUCACAUUGGCAAAAGUAAUAUAAUUUUUUCAAUACAAGGGAUAGGUGUAUGCAUUACAGUUGGUAUACAAGCAGAACAUCAAUUCUCAAGGAAGUCAUCUCAUCACGGCUUCACAAAAGCAAGCUCUUCUACACUUCCCAAGCUGAUACCAAACUUACUUUCAGCGCUGUCGUCGGCUAUUAGUGCUUUCUGAAUCUGAUGCUUUCCCUUAUUUCACCUCCUCUCUUUCUCCCGCUUUGUCCACGUUCCCCCAUCCUCUUUAUUUCUGUUUCUUUGUCAAGCUUGUCCAUUUUCGUCUAAGACUAUAAAUAAACAUCAUCAGACCAUCAGUCAUCCAUGUCCCAGAUUUGCUAUCUUCAACAAGUUUUCUGUCUCAAUUAAAUACAAAUUCGCUGCAUAUGGCAACCCAACAGACCACUGCUCGUCCUUGGUUCCGUUUAGCUUCAAUAGCCCGCCAACCAGCUCCUCAAGUCCCAGCCGCUGAGCCCGCUCCUCCCCAGCCAAGACCCCCCCUUGCUCGUCCCGCAUUUAGGCCAGUUGUUCAGCCUCAGCCCACUCAAACAGAACCAACUCCACCACCACCCGCUGCUGCUCCACAACCACAAGCUCCUCGCGCCCCUGCAUCCCCACCUGUGCCCACUGCUCCGACUCCUUUAGUUCCAACAACUCCAGCUCCAAGAGUCUCAGCUCCUUCAUCCUCACUACCUGCCUCUCCUGCCUCAACUACUUCCCCGGUUGUCCCUCCUGUCACUACCACAUCUUCGGUUCCAUCAUCUCCCAAACCACGAGCUUCAGCUCCUAUCUCAUCAGUGCCAUCUUCUCCAGCCUCAAAACCUGCCGCAACUUCAACUUCAGUGCCAUCUUCUCCAGCCUCAAAACUUGCCACAACUUCAACUUCAGUGCCAACUACUCCAGCAACCAAAGCAGCCACAGUUUCUUCUUCUGUUCCAUCAUCCCCGGCCCCCAAACCAGUUUACUCAAAACCAAGUUCUCCAACUCCCAAGACUACCUCCCCAACCACUGUGACUGCACGUGUUCCCAGCCCUGCACAACCAUCUCCAAGAACCUUAAAACCUGCAGUAGAAACCCCACCUCAAUCACCUAAGCCCAAACCAACUGCUCCACCACCUUCUCCUUUAACCCUUCCACCUUCCCAGAUAAAACCCAAUGCAGAACCUGAAUCCAAGAGCCCACCGGAGGCAGAGCAGAAAGAUGUGCUUGUGCAGAAGACCAUAGAAAAGGCCAAUGGCGAUACUCACAAGCCCAGUAUUGCUCAUACUGGGAAACAAGGAGUGGCCAAAGAAAUGGAAACAAAGGGGAAAGCCCAUCAAAAGAAGUAUUCUUCAGACACAGAGGAGGGAGGUACGAGGGUCAUAACACUAGCAGGUGAGAACAAAGGUGCAUUCAUGGAAGUAAUCAAAUCUCCCAAGAAAAAUGGAUUCGAGGGUACUUCUUCUUAUCUUUACAAGAAGGGAAAUGCUGGGCGUACUUCAAGCGACAGCGGCAGUGAAUUCCAAAGCUACAGUAGCAGCAGUAGUGAAGAAGAAGGGAACCCAAAUAUGAAGAAGGACAUGAGCAACAGAGCAAUGUCAAUGAAUUCAACUCCUAUGAAUGCAUUCAUGAAUAGUAAUGUUCAAGGUGUAAACAAUUCAAUUGUUUUCAAAUCUUCUUGCACUCACCAUGAUCCCGGAGUCCACCUUGCUCUCUCCAGAAAGCCUCCCAAUGGCGGAUACCAGGUCAAGGAUCGCAGCAGUGGCUACAACAGCUGAACAGAGAGAGGAAGAAGGAGAUUACUCUUGUGUUUCAGUCUAGCAAUAAAUAUUUGUGGUGAUUGAUGGAGGUAAAAAUAAAAAUACAACCAUAUAAAGAAAAGAAAACAAAAAAGAAGAAGAUGUGCAUCUGAUAUUUCCAAUUUCAUGUUCUACUUGUUGGUGGAGUGUCAUUGAAGAUUGUCCAUGACCCUCUUAUGGUCCAUAUAUAGAGUGAGAAUAAUGCAUGGAUCGUUAUGUAAUAAAGGCAUUACCUAUUUAUUGAGUAUUAUUAAAUCUAUAUGUCGUUUAUCCUUAGCAGCUGUUUAUCCUUGGAAUCUUGUAGCCAAGUGAUUUAUUUCAUUUUAUUGCA